CAGAAAACACUGACAGACAAUAGCACAAGUGAAUGAAUUACAAAUUUCCAUGCUGGACAAAGCCUACAUAUCCUUGAAAUGAUGGAACCUUCAAUAUACUUAAAUGCUGUCAUCAUUUAAUUUGUAUAGAGGAACAUUACUCCCCUACUAUGUUUUUGCAAGGUCAGGCAGGAGGAGCAAACGUACCUUCAGACAGUGUGCCCGUGGCACCCGUAUAUACCAUUGGCCCUCAUCCAGGCAGAAAUGAAGUUUAUCCCACACCAGCAGCAGGUUAUAUGCCACCUCAGGUCCCGAUGUUCAUGCCAGUCCCAGACAGUCCGCCGGGCUGUCCACAGGGCUUGGAGUACCUGACCCAGGUGGAUCAGCUUCUAGUUCAUCAGAAAGUGGAAUUAAUGGAAGUUCUUACAGGAUGGGAGACCAAUAAUCAAUAUGUGGUGAAAAACAGUUUAGGACAGCAGGUGUUUUUUGCUGCCGAGGAGAGUGAUUUUUGUACUCGUAUGGUCUGUGGAUCAGUGCGCUCCUUCCUGCUUCAUAUCCAGGAUAACAUGGGACGGGAAGUAAUGACAUUAUCCCGUCCUCUUAACUGCAGUUGUUGUUGCUUUCCUUGCUGUCUGCAAGAGCUGGAGGUUCAGAGCCCCCCGGGCAACCCUAUUGGUUAUGUAAUGCAACACUGGCAUCCUUUUUUGCCAAAGUUCACCAUCCAGAAUGAGAGAAAAGAACCUGUUUUGAAGAUUGUGGGGCCGUUCUGUGACUGCAAAUGUUGUUCUGAUGUUAAUUUUGAGGUGAUGUCACUGGAUGAGUCCUCAGUAAUUGGUCGAAUUAGCAAACAGUGGACAGGAUUUGAGGCAGAAGCAUUUACUGAUGCAGACAACUUUGGCUUACAAUUUCCAAUGGAUCUGGAUGUGAAAAUAAAAGCAGUUAUAUUAGGAGCCUGCUUUCUUAUUGAUUUCAUGUAUUUUGAGCACACUCAAAAGCAAGAGUGAAACCAUCCUGGAGCUUUCUUCCCCAUUUGAUUAAAUUAUAUAUUUCUUUUAAAAUCCAAAUGCUG